GGCUGCUGGAGGAUUUGAUGCUCGGUUUGUAGAUCGAUUAUCGGACAGACACACAUGUCCGGUAUGUCUUUUGGCAUUGAGAGAACCAACCAUCACCAAAUGUGGCCAUUUGUUUUGUAACGACUGUGUGAGGUCCUUGGCAAGGCGUGGCCGCAUUGAAUGUCCUGUGUGUAGAGAGGAACAGAAUAAAUCAGAAAUAUUUCCAAACAACUAUGAUAAAAGAGAAAUAAUGAGUCUGAAGAUCUACUGUGAUCAACAAGAAGGGAUGUGGAUGGAAAGGAGAACUAAGGGAGAGAGAAACACACAACGAGACUUGUGGGUAUGUUGAUGUUCUAUGCAAAAAUGAAUGUGAACUAAUGGUGAUGAAAAAAGAUAUGGAAAGUCAUGUGAAGAAAACGUGCAUGAACAGGAAAGUUGAAUGUAGGUACUGUAAGAUCACAGUGACAUUCAAAUUUCUGAAUGAUCACCAUGCACAAUGUGAGAUGUUUCCAGUUGCAUGUAAAUAUUGUCAAGAACAAGUGGUUAGAAAAGAGAUGAAUGAACAUGUCAGCAAGGAUGGGACAUGCCCUAACAGUCCAUUAGAAUGCGAAUUUAGUGAAGCAGGUUGUCGGUUUAUUGGCAAUAGAAAUGAAAUGACAAUUCAUGAUCACAAUGAUGUUACAUCUCAUCUUAGUCUUUUGAUGAAACAACAAUCCAAUACCAAGUCAUCACUUGCAGUCACCAAGUCAUUACUUUCAUCCACAAGAGCCUGUCUUGCUAAAAGGGAAUUUGAACUUGAAUUCAUUACCAAGAAGGGCCCUGUUUCUAAACUUGACAUAUGUGUCUUUGAGUGGAAUAUAACCGAUUGGUUAGAAUGCAAGAGGAAAUCAAAGUUGAAUUCAUUCUAUAGGAUAAAGUCAAAGCCAUUUCACACAGGACCACAAGGAUAUAAUUUAUAUCUUGUGCUUUUUCCAAUGGGUUAUGGUCGCUACAGAGGAUCUCAUGUCUCUGUCGAUGCAUAUGUGUGUAAAGGAGAUCAACUUCCUAAGAAACAGCACUGCAAGUUUUCAUUCACACUAAUAGACCAACAACCUGAUGCAAUAAAUGUGGUCGUAAGACGAGAGAAAACGAUUGAACUUAUGCCUGGGAAAUUUUUUUCUGCAACCGAUGACUUCAUAACUCACGAAGAAUUGAGAUCACGAUCCUACAUUCAGAAUAAUGGAAUUGUUAUUCAGUUUUGUCUUCAACUCAAUGUGCCCUAACUUCAAUGCAAACCAGACUUUUAUAAGACUGUUUUGGAGAGGACACGAAGGAUUGAUUUUUUACAAUGACUUGCUGUCUCAUAUGUAUGUUGUGUGUAUACUGUAGUGUUACAGUUUUUAGUAGUUGCGAUUUGGUAGUUACAGUAGCAAUCUGUUUUACUGUGCAUUACAGCAAGAAACAUGGU